UGUGACAUCAUCAUGUACGCUGGUGUUCCAAUUGUACAAAUCGCGAGUCCGUGCUCGCGUUCUCAGCGAGUCCGUACUCCCAUGCGUUCUCGGCCAGUACGUACUCGCCGAGAAUGCGAGUACCUACUCGCAUACUUGAGAAUUGAUAAACGGCCAGUGAAAGGCAACAAUAGUCAUCAAUGUGAGAGCUAAACACUUGGUACUACUCUCUCUUUCUAGUUCCUGUCAGCAUUUUGGAUCAUCUGUCUGCCGAUACCCCACCUUGGGUGGUCAUAGAGAGUGGUGGGGUUGAGAAUAGUUCCCUCCCUGCUCUUCUUUUUUCAUCCUCUAAUCCGCGAACCAAGGUCAAUAAUUUUAUAGUUUCGAACUGCGUUAAAAUCUUUAGUCAGAUCAAAAAAGGUUGUGGUCUACCAGACACUUCGAUCCAUACUCCAAUAUACGGUAAUCAUGCAUUUCCACCCUCAUGUUUAGACGCCUCUUUUGAGGUCUGGACACAGAAAGGUAUUAUUACUCUCAAAGAUUUAUAUAUUGACAGGCAGUUUGCAUCAUUUACUCAGUUGCAGAACAAGUUCUCUCUCCCUGCGUCACAUUUUUUUCAUUAUUUACAGAUAAGAAACUAUGUUCGUCAGAGUAUUGUUAAUUUUCCAUCUCUUCCGGAAGAGGGGUCAAUUUUUACACUCCUGAGUUCCCCGGAUUCUAAAAAGUUGGUUUCUGGUUUUGUGAAAGCCUUUUCUGAGUAUUUAAAUUUUAAAUCUGACUUUUUGAAGAUGGAAUGGGAGGAAGAGCUUGGUUUGCUGAUUGGAGAUGAGGUGUGGGAGAGGAGUCUGUGUAGGAUCCAUUCUUGCUCUAGAAAUGCAAGGCAUCAGUUAAUUCAAUUUAAAGUGCUUCAUAGACUUCAUUAUUCAAAAACUAAACUGCACAGGAUUUUUCCUUCUAUCAGUUCGAUAUGUGAUCGUUGUAAACUUGGAGAAGGCUCUCUUACUCAUUUGUUUUGGACUUGUCCCAAAUUGUAUAACUAUUGGUUGGACAUUUUUAACAGUUUUUCUGAUAUCUAUAAUUGCACAUUAGAGCCGGACCCAAUAAUUGCAUUGUUUGGAUCUUCCUCUUCCCUUUUACACCGCAGCCCUGCUGCACAAACUACAGUUUUGUUCGGAAUGGUAAUUGCUAAGAAAAUUAUCUUGACUCUCUGGAAGUCGGAUAUUGUACCAGUGUAGCUGCAUCAUGUGACCGCACAGAAACGAAUAACAGCAGAGCAGGAAAAAAGGGGGCGGAGUAAAGUGUACCGCUGAGGAGACGAGCAGAAAGAGCUCCUUUUUCAUGAAACGGGAGUAAAGCACUUAACUUUGAGGAGAGAAAUAAACCGAAGUACCGAUCAUAUACUACUACCAACGUUUGUAUCGAUCUGCCCACCCUUGUCUCCUGGAUCGUAGCUGAGAUCAGCGUGGACCACGUCGGUCUCUGCUCCCUGAUCGGUUUCCUGUGUUUGGAAAGAGCUGCAGCUUCAUCACGGAGUUUCUCUCGGUUUGUGGGCUCAUCUAAAGAAAGUACAUCUAGACACUAGGAUGAGCUGCUCCGCUUGCUGUGUUGAAAUAAGUUCAAAUUUCAUUUUGAAGGCCUGAUGUUCUUUAAGGAUGCUUUCCGACGCUGAGUAACAGGCGGAGAAGAGUCUGGUGGAGCAGCAGAGGAACAAUUUCAGCCAUUUGGACUCAGCUCAGCCACUACAGAGGAAACAAUGACUUCAACACAAAGGGACCAACAUGGAGCGAGAAGUCAGUGCUCUCAGGAGGCCGACAAACCUCACAGAAGAAAGGGAGAGAAAAGAUACAGCUGUGAGGAGUGUGGGAAGGAUUUUACCUGUCCUGGAAAAUUAAAAAGACACCAACUCAUCCACAGUGGAGUUAAACCGUACUGUUGUGAGUUCUGUGGAAAGCCUUUUACCCAGGCUGCAGACUUAAAAUCACAUCAACUCAUCCACAUUGGAGUUAAAGCGUACAAAUGUGACUUGUGUGGAAAGUGUUUUACCCAUCCUGGAAGCCUAAAAAGACAUCAACUCAUCCACAGUGGAGUUAAAGCAUACAGAUGUGACUUGUGUGGAAAGUCUUUUACCCAUCUUGAAAGCUUAAAAAUACACCAAGUUACCCACAGUGGAGUUAAAGCGCAUAACUGUGACUUGUGUGGAAAGUCUUUUAGCCAGGCUGCGAGCUUAAAAAAACACCAACUUAUUCACAGUGGAAUUAAGGCAUUCAGCUGUAAGUUAUGUGGAAAAUCAUUUACCCAGUCCCAAAACUUAAAAAAACAUCAAGUUACCCACUCUGGAAUUAAGGCGUACAGCUGUGACAUUUGUGGAAAAACUUUCCGCCAUGUAGGGUACAGAAAUAUUCACCUACGGAUUCACACUGGCAAUGAUGUUUACUGCUGUGAUCAGUGUGGCAAAGUGUUUACAACAGAUGCACAGUUACAAAGCCACAUGUUUACCCACACUGAGGAGAGACCUUAUAAAUGUGACCUGUGUGAUAAGGCUUUUAAAGAGCCAAGUUCCCUGAAAAAACACCAACAGAUCCACACCAGAAAAAAACUCUACAAGUGCAGUUACUGCGAGAAGCAGAGCGACACGGAUGGACCCAGUUCUCAACCCUGUCGUCACUGUGGUGGUGGGAAAGACUUUCGCUGUGACCUUUGUGGAAAAACUUUCAGCCAUCCCCGAAGUCUAGAACUACAUCAACGUAGACACACUGGAGACAAAAUGAGCUACUGCAAAGAAUGUGGAAGAGGCUUCCCCACGCCCAGUAUAUUAAAAAUACAUGAACUUAUUCACAGCGGGGUUAAAAAGCACAUCUGUGAUCAGUGUGGGUCAUCCUUUACCACUGCAGGUCACCUUAAAAGUCAUAAACAAGUCCACACAGGAGAGAAACCAUACAAGUGCAGACACUGUGACAGAAGCUUCUCGCAUUCAACUAGUCGUAACGAUCAUGAGAGUACACAUAUGGAAGAGAACUUCAGCUGUGACCAGUGUAACAAGAGCUUCAAGAAUCUCAGUUCAUUCUCCAAACACAAACGAUACCACGCUGUAAAUAAACUGUUUCACUGUUACCAAUGUGCAAAAACAUUCACUUCAUUAUCUGCUCUGUGCAAUCAUCAGCGUGAUCAUGCAGACCUGAAGUCUCUGGAUCACAAUGAAUCUGAAGAGACAGAAAAUUCCUGUUUGCAGGGUCAGACUUCAAAACCUUGAGAUCAGGCUCCACACAGUUCAGCUGAUUUCACACUUGGAUCUGAUGAGGUACCUCUUAUUUCCGGACCUGCAGUGAGUAAUCCUGAAUGUUACACUCAGGAAGCUGAAAUUAUAAAUAUGUACGUCAAGUUUUUAUUUUUCUUUGAUUACCUUUGAUGCUCUGUUUCAACAUGAAUGUUUUUUUAUUUAUUCAUUUCAUGCGUUACCUCAGUCGAAUUCUAAUCCAUGUUCAUGUUUAAUCCUCUUAUCUGUAUCGUAAUCUGUGCUCUUAAAUUGCUUUUCUCCCAAAAGUCCAAAUAAUUUUACACCAGUUGCUCGUGAAGCUUCUAAUAUGAACUAAAUCGGUCAACAGGCUUUGAAACAACAACUGAUGUGACUUUAUACGCAAAAUAAAAAUAAAAAAAAACUCAAGCUAAA